UCCAUUCAUGCUCCCUUUACGUUCCAGUCCAAGGGGAUCUACGAGAAGGUUGGAGAGGCCACAGAAACCGCGCUCACUACCCUGGUGGAGAAGAUGAACGUGUUCAAGACUGACAUCAAACAUCUGAGCAAAGUAGAGCGGGCUGGAGCCUGCAACUCGGUGAUCAAGCAGCUGAUGAAGAAGGAGUUCACAUUAGAGUUCUCCCGCGACCGCAAGUCCAUGUCUGCGUACUGCAGUCCCACCAAGCCCGGCUCUGGAAGCAAGAUGUUUGUGAAGGGCGCUCCAGAGAGUGUGAUUGAGCGCUGUAACUACGUGCGAGUGGGGACCAGCAAGAUGGCCCUGACGCCCCCCCUGAGGGAGCACAUCAUGGGGGUGAUCAAGGACUGGGGCAUGGGGAGGGACACACUGCGCUGCCUGGCCCUGGCCACACGGGACACCCCACCCAAGAAAGAGGAGAUGGACCUGGAGAACUCGGUCAAGUUCUCCCAGUACGAGAACAACAUGACGUUCGUGGGCUGCGUGGGCAUGUUAGAUCCCCCUCGCAAGGAGGUGAUGGGCUCUAUCAGCCUGUGCGGAGAGGCCGGCAUCCGCGUCAUCAUGAUCACCGGGGACAACAAGGGCACCGCCGUGGCAAUCUGCCGGCGCAUUGGGAUCUUCGGAGAGGACGAGGACGUGACCGACAGAGCCUACACGGGCCGUGAGUUCGAUGACCUGACUCCCGAGAUGCAGAGAGAGGCCUGCAAGAGAGCCCGCUGCUUCGCCCGCGUGGAGCCCGCGCACAAGUCCAAGAUAGUGGAGUACCUGCAGUCCUUCGAUGAGAUCACAGCCAUGACCGGUGAUGGUGUGAACGAUGCUCCAGCCCUGAAGAAGGCAGAAAUCGGCAUCGCCAUGGGCUCUGGCACGGCAGUGGCCAAGUCUGCCUCCGAGAUGGUGCUGUCUGACGAUAACUUCUCCACCAUCGUGGCUGCGGUGGAGGAAGGCAGAGCCAUCUACAACAACAUGAAGCAGUUCAUCAGAUACCUCAUCUCCUCCAACGUGGGGGAGGUGGUGUGCAUCUUCCUGACUGCUAUCCUGGGUCUCCCGGAGGCCCUCAUUCCUGUGCAGCUGCUGUGGGUGAACCUAGUGACAGACGGUCUUCCUGCCACUGCCCUGGGCUUCAACCCCCCAGACCUGGACAUCAUGAACAAGCCCCCUCGCAACCCCAAGGAGCCGCUCAUCAGCGGCUGGCUCUUCUUCCGCUACCUGGCCAUCGGAGGGUAUGUUGGUUUGGGAACAGUUGGUGCAGCUACCUGGUGGUACCUGUAUGAUGCCGAAGGCCCAGAACUAACUUUCUUUCAACUGAGGCACUUCAUGCAGUGCACUGAGGACAACCCGCUCUUCGCAGGGGUCGACUGUGAGAUCUUCGAGUCUCGCUACCCCACCACCAUGGCUCUGUCUGUGCUGGUCACCAUCGAGAUGUUCAAUGCCCUGAACAGCUUGUCUGAGAACCAGUCCCUGCUGAGAAUGCCCCCCUGGGUGAACGUGUGGCUGCUGGGUGCCAUUGUGCUGUCCAUGUCCCUGCACUUCCUCAUCCUGCACGUGCAGCCCCUACCUCUGAUUUUCCAGGUGACGCCUCUGAGCGUGCCCCAGUGGAUGGUGGUUUUGAAGAUCUCGAUCCCUGUCAUCCUAUUGGACGAGGGGCUCAAGUACUUGUCCCGUAACUUUCUGGAGGGGGACGAGGACAAGAAGUACAUCAAGAGGAGACUGAAACCCUGAACACAACCCCUAUUUAAACUGAAGUCUUGCAUGUUCAACCGCCACUAGCAACCAGCAGGACUUGCAUGUGUCGGACAA